AUGGACCAAAAGUGUAUAGGUCACGAACUAUCACGUGAGUGCCAGCCGUCACGCAGUGAAUGUUUGCAAAGCAGACCAGAAACACAGAGGGGAAAAGAAGCCACGCUAGACGAGAAUACAGACCUGUGCGAUGUCUGUCGUGAGGGGGUCCGUCUCUCAGACCUGACACAGUACUUCCAUCGUGCAUUUUCGACAGUCACUUCCGCGACACCGUUCAUCUCCAUGGCUGUGGCAGGUGUUUUCAGCUCCAACAACCCCGGAGUCAAGAAGUACACGUAUGAGGGGUCGCUGGUGCGUCGGUUCAUUAGUUGCGGCGUUGGCGUCGGCCUUGUCACCACCGAAUCUAUCCCUGCUGGUAGUGUGGUGUUUGCGGAAGAUGUGGCUUGGACUACGGAGGAGGAGUCCUCAAGGUGCCAGACGCCGAGGGAGAUGAAUGCUAUGCUUGGGGCGAAGGUGAGGGCCAUGGGGGGUGAGUGGCUGAGGAAGUUCCUUACUCUGCCGAGCUCGCUAAAGCAGGAUUUGGGGGUGUUUGCGGGGAUUUGGGAUUUGUAUCAGUUGCCGAUUGUCAUGAAUGGGGUGAAGACUGGGAUUGUGGGGUUGAAUCUCGCGUCGGUCAAUCAUGCUUGUGUGCCGAAUUGCGCGUUGACGAUCAUCAAUAAGUAUCCGAAGAAUGAAAAUGGAAAUAAUGACAUGAGGGAGAGUCCAAUGAUUGGAAGGGCUAUUAUGCGCGCUCUCAGGAAUAUCCAGAAGGAUGAGGAGAUCACUGUCGCGUACUUCUAUGGAAAGGGACAACAGAAGGCGAGGGGGUUGUUCUCGUGGACAGAGUUCGGCUUCUUCUGCUCGUGCAAAGAGUGCGUGCAGCCCAAGGAUGUGAUCGAGAUUGCCAUGGAUAAGUAUUGGAAGGUUGAGCGCAUCUUGAACCACCCCGACACUGUCGACUUAUAUCCUGCGAUAGCUUUCAAGUCCGCACAUGAAGUGAUCGGCAGGCUUCUUUCGUGCGAGAUCCGCGAUGCUCGUGUUGCGAUGAUUUGGGCCAAAUGUGCCAUGAUCGCUGGUUACCAUUCUGAUAUAGCGCGUGCUAUGUGUUUCCUCGCCAAGGCAUACCGGAUGUUGGCUAUUCUUGAGGGUAGGUUUGGAGCUACCACACGGGGACUUUCCACCGCUGCCGAAGGCCGAUACAUGCUUGAUGAACGCGACGUCAAGGAGAAGCUGUUCAUGACGGCAGCAAAGUCGGACGAGUACAUUCACAUACACCGAUACCACCGCUUAUCUGACGCUAUGGCCAAACAGAAAGGCAGUAGGUACCUGCUUUUACCCGAGAAGCCCACCAAGCUAAAGGCGGCACCGGAAUUGCUUGAACCAGGUGUCUCGAAAUCAGCACACAUGCCAAAGCACGGAUAUGGGCCGAUUGCGCCAGAGAGGGUUCACCGGAGCGGCAGGGGCACAUCCAAUCUGAGACGGGGUAAGGAUGGACCCAGCGAAAAUACUUCGAAGGGGAAGCCUCAAGUGUCCAAGGGCCAUAGUCAAGCAUCUACCCAGGAAUCGUCGUCAGGCGAAGUCUGCACUGAUCCGGACUGGGAUAUGUUGGAUCUUGUACGAGAGCUCAUGGCUGACAAUCCCGAUCUAUUCCCAGAUUAUCCUUCUCCUACUAUAUCUGAGGCAUCCAAGAAGAAAAGAAAGAAGAAGAAGAAAAAGAGCAAGAAGGGGAAGGGCUCGGCUGAAUUGGGAGGAUAUACUCAAAGUAACCCAAUCGUGAAGGAGCUCGAGGCGGAAAAGAAGGUGGUGAUGGUUAAGGAAGCCGGCGUUCGCUGUGCCGAGGAGGUUCCGGAUUCCAAUUAA